AUGGAUCCUGGGGGCAUUGCCUUUGGAGCAUUGAGGAGGAGUGUGGCUGAGACCACAGUGCUGACCCAGAAGGGUGAGGGGCAGAGGGGGGAGGAUCUGGUUCAGGGAGCAAGCUUCCGAGGUUGGAAAGAAGUGACUUCUCUGUUUAAUAAAGACGACGAACAACAUCUGCUCGAAAGAUGUAGAUCUCCCAAGUCUAAAGGAGUAACUAGCUUUUCCUUAAUAACAUUAAUUGACACCUUGAGUGACCGUCCUCUUCGGCCAGGCUGGGAGGAGGACGCCAAGGGCUCCGGCAAGUACAGCAGCCUGGCCAGCUCUGCAAACAGCUCCUGCUGGAGCCUCAAGGCAGCCGGGAAGCUGGUCAGUAUUAGACGGCAGAGCAAAGGCCACCUGACGGAUAACUGGGAGGAGCUCGAGUGAGAGUCAGAGGACACACCUGGGACAGAGGAGAACCCGCUUCCCAAGUACUUUGAAACCAAAAUUUGCCUAGUAUCAUGCCUGUGU